UUCAAACUCCGUAAAAUUUUUGGAAAUAUCUAACGGCUGAACAAAUUCUAGAACUUCAAACUCAAGUGGAAGCUGGUUAUUUAAUUUCUUUGUCAUAUCGGCGAAGCUGCAUAUCUGAAGACUUGUUAGAAAACUUGCUAGAUAUUUAAAAAUAUAUAAAAAUUGAAAAGUGUUUAUAUUUAAAAACUGAAAAGUGUUGAGACGGAAAUAUCAUGAGAGGCCUCGCGAUUCUGGUGGUGUUAACGUUCGUAUUAGAUCGACAAAGCUGUUUUGCAUUCUACAAAGUUUCAUGUUUACCACAUUCAAUGAAAGGGCUCUUCUAUGAAGAGUGGUACAAGAGCAAAGAUUCCAAUAUCGAUUCGUUAGAGGAUGUAAAGUUCGCCAUAUUAGAAGAGGUCAAACCAGAUGUUAUCAAGAAUGAGACACCAACGCGUUUGUCUUUAAAUUUCCAAGGAAAUGAGGAAGAGACUGGUCGACGCUGGCGGGGCUUCUUUGUGUGUUCCAUGACAGGGGAGUAUGAGUUUUAUUUUUCGUGCGAAAAGGCUUGUGAAUGGUUUCUCAUGGAGGCUGGGGACAAUAGCUCAACUCAUUUAGUUGGAGGAAAUUCCAGCGCUGGAAUGUCGACAGCACAAUUUAUCAAAGCUGAGCUGUCAGUAAACCUCACCGAAGGACGAGCCUACUACUUCGAAGUUAUUCAUUAUUCAGAUGACGAAGGUCACCUAAUAUUUAAGACGAGAGGUCCUGGUGAAGAAACCGCGUCGAAUAUGAGCAUUUCUCAGUUGGUUGCGUAUAAAGAAGACGGGUAUUACGAUACUCUACAUCCGGGUGAGUGGGAGGCCUGGUCACCUUGCAGCAGCACACCAUGUGGACCUGAUGGAAGGCAAACCCGUGACCGCUCAUGCCUCACACACCCUGUUAUGUUCAACUAUUCAACUGAUGGUUAUGUGUUAAGCCAGUCACGGACAUGUAACAGUGAGGUCAUGCCUUUUGGAGAAGUACCUAUUACUGCUCCUUCGAACGUGAGAGGACAUAACACCAGAUCAACCAGCAUCAGAGUCGAGUGGGAUGACGCUCUUGCUUUAGAUGAGAAUUGUACCAUUAUGAGUUACAACAUUACUUAUCAUUCCCUGACUGAGAAUCACAGUGACAGCAUAACAGUGAAUUAUUCAGUCCGUCAAGAGACUCUAAAAGAUCUGAAAGAGUUUGUUAGCUACUGCAUCAGAGUGUUUGCAUCUACGAAGAAAGGAGACGGACCAGCCAGUAAUCCUAUCAUUGUCAGAACUGAUCAGGAUAAACCCACUGCUGCUCCUUUAAAUGUGACGGGACAUAACACCAGCUCAACUAGCAUCUUAGUAGAGUGGGGUGAUGUUCCAGCAUUUGAUCAAAAUGGUAUUAUUACGAGUUACAACAUUACUUACAGCUCGCAAACAGAGAAUCUUAAUGGGUUUGCUGAAGCUGCUCCCAUUGACCGUCGAAAGGAAUUAACAGGUCUUAGAAAGUUUGUCAAUUACAACAUCACAGUACGUGCGUCGACUUCGAAAGGCGAUGGACCAGAGAGUAGCCCUAUUGUUGUUAGAACAGGCCAGGAUAAACCCACUGCUGCUCCUUUAAAUGUGACGGGACAUAACACCAGCUCAACCAGCAUCUUAGUAGAGUGGGGUGAUGUUCCAGCAUUUGAUCAAAAUGGUAUUAUUACGAGUUACAACAUUACUUACAGCUCGCAAACAGAGAAUCUUAAUGGUUUUGCUGAAGCUGCUCCCAUUGACCGUCAAAAGGAAUUAACAGGUCUUAGAAAGUUUGUCAAUUACAACAUCACACCUUUUUCUUCGACUUUCAUUUCAGAACCCACUGCUGCUCCUUUAAAUGUGACGGGACAUAACACCAGCUCAACUAGCAUCUUAGUAGAGUGGGGUGAUGUUCCAGCAUUUGAUCAAAAUGGUAUUAUUACGAGUUACAACAUUACUUACAGCUCGCAAACAGAGAAUCUUAAUGGUUUUGCUGAAGCUGCUCCCAUUGACCGUCAAAAGGAAUUAACAGGUCUUAGAAAGUUUGUCAAUUACAACAUCACAGUACGUGCGUCGACUUCGAAAGGCGAUGGACCAGACAGUAGCCCUAUUGUUGUUAGAACAGACCAGGAUAAACCCACUGCUGCUCCUUUAGAUGUGACGGGAUAUAACACCAGCUCAACCAGCAUUUUAGUAGAGUGGGGUGAUGUUCCAGCAUUUGAUCAAAAUGGUAUUAUUACGAGUUACAACAUUACUUACAGCUCGCAAACAGAGAAUCUUAAUGGUUUUGCUGAAGCUGCUCCCAUUGACCGUCAAAAGGAAUUAACAGGUCUUAGAAAGUUUGUCAAUUACAACAUCACAGUACGUGCGUCGACUUCGAAAGGCGAUGGACCAGACAGUAGCCCUAUUGUUGUUAGAACAGACCAGGAUAAACCCACUGCUGCUCCUUUAAAUGUGACGGGACAUAACACCAGCUCAACCAGCAUCUUAGUAGAGUGGGGUGAUGUUCCAGCAUUUGAUCAAAAUGGUAUUAUUACGAGUUACAACAUUACUUACAGCUCGCAAACAGAGAAUCUUAAUGGUUUUGCUGAAGCUGCUCCCAUUGACCGUCAAAAGGAAUUAACAGGUCUUAGAAAGUUUGUCAAUUACAACAUCACAGUACGUGCGUCGACUUCGAAAGGCAAUGGACCAGACAGUAGCCCUAUUGUUGUUAGAACAGACCAGGAUAAACCCACUGCUGCUCCUUUAAAUGUGACGGGACAUAACACCAGCUCAACCAGCAUCUUAGUAGAGUGGGGUGAUGUUCCAGCAUUUGAUCAAAAUGGUAUUAUUACGAGUUACAACAUUACUUACAGCUCGCAAACAGAGAAUCUUAAUGGGUUUGCUGAAGCUGGUCCUAUCGACCGUAAAAAGGAAUUAAAAGGUCUUAGAAAGUUUGUCAAUUACAACAUCACAGUAUGUGCGUCGACGUCGAAAGGCGAUGGACCAGACAGUAGCCCUAUUGUUGUUAGAACAGACCAGGAUAUACCCGACCUACCACCGGAAGGGAUUACAGCCCAUGGUACCUCUCCUGUUUCUAUCAAAGUAAGCUGGAAACCAGUCCCUGAAGGCCACGAGAACGGAGUGAUACUGGGGUACAGAAUUCUGUUUGCUGACGCUGCUGAGUUUCGAGAAGAACGUCAUUUGUUCGACGUACCUUUCAAUUUCUCUUCACUUGAAGUAAAUGGUUUGACGAGGUUCACUAAUUAUUGCGUGCAAGUAUUUGCCUUCACAGAGAAGGGCGAUGGAAAUAUGAGUGACUGUCUAUACGCUUUGACUGCAAUGGGUGUACCAUCACUGGCUCCUUCCAACAUCUCUGCCUUCAGCUCUGAUGGUAGCACUGUCAACUUAUCUUGGAAUGCAGUACCGGAAAGAGAAGGGGAGGUCGAGAUUGUGGGAUACGCCAUAAUUAUAAACGGUUCUGAAUAUAACACCAUCAGGUUUGUAGCCUCUUGUUCCUCGCCUCUUCUGCUAAAAAAUGUUAGCUUCUCCGACGACACGUGCAUCCACAUGGCUGCUUUGAGCAUAGAUGGAUUUGGCAUUUUGAGUGAUUGCACAAUCAUUAAAGUCCCCACUGGUUCAGGGGGAGGUAAGAGGAAUAUUCCACCCAUGACUUACACCACAAAGUCAAUGAGUUCAUCUUCGAUUAGAGUCAAUCUACAGAAUGUUGCAGAAAAGAAAGCGGCUGGAAAAUUGGAGGGUUUUUACAUCAGCUAUCAGGCUGUAAGCAGAGGAGGUGAACCAGUUCCUGACUUACUUUCAGAACCAAAUUAUACGAUGACGGUCUGCGCCGGUGCUUCUGAAGUGACUCUCACUGGUCUGAUGACUUACACCACGUAUAAGAUUGAAGUGGCUCUCGUGACAUCCAAGGGAGUGGAAGAGUUCAGUGAGCCCUUAUAUGCAGAAACUUGUCGAUGUAGCGAGAAACUAAGUGUCUCCUUGGUUCCAAACUCCUUAGACUCAUUAGGACCGGUCUCGCUCACCCGAGUCAUCCAUGACCUGGUAAUAAGUACGUGUGGUACAUGCGUUGCACACAGGCACACCAAAUUGGUAUCUUCUAACAUCACACAGGACAACCAAGUUUCCUUUCCAGUAACAAGGACCCAGACUAUUGGUGACACGGCCUAUAGCAAGUUUGUUCCAGCGAUAUCUUUUCCAGGGUUUGUUGUCGUGAAAAGAAGAGACUCUCCCAUUCCCACAUUUACAAAACUUUUAACCACCUCCAUCUUUGACUCUUGGCCUGUUUGUGUAUUGGCUUUGCUGACGGCUCUUUUAGCGGGAAUAAUCAUUUGGAUUCUGGACUCGAAAACUAAUCCGGAGCAUUUCCCACGGACAUUUUUUAAGGGAGCUGGUGCGGGCUUUUGGUGGUCUUUUAUCACCAUGUCAACAGUUGGAUAUGGUGACCGCUGUCCCCAGUCCGUCCCAGCCAAGGUAUUCUCGAUAGUCUGGUUUCUAAUCGGACUCGUAAUUUUCACUCUGUUCCAUGGAACAUUGACCUCUUUACUGACUGUGACAGUAAUUAGGAUUCAAAUGGAUGCAAAUGGUCUAAGCUCAUUUGGUGGCGGCAAGGUUGCAGUGGUUUCCAACUCGUCCUCACACCAAGUGGCCGUUAAAAAAUUUCCCAACAAAUUAGCCAUCGGAUCUGUUUUUACGGACGUAAACUCCAUGGUUGAAGCAUUGAGAAGUGGUAACAUAAGUUCAGUAUUGCUUGAUAUGUACGUUCCAGUGAAGAGAAAAGAUCUGUUUAACGGCUCCUGGUUCCAUGUCUCAGAAUUUCUAGAGGGGGAAAUAGUGCAUGGUAUUCUUCUCCAAGGUGAAGGAGUUAACCUUGCAAAAGAGUUGAAAAAUCUGAUAAAAACGAACAACGUAGAGGCACAAUUUUUGAAACAGGACGAAAAGGGAACAGAGGAGUCCAAAGAGACUGAGUCUACAUCAGCAGUUUUCUUUGAACCCAGUAGUCCUUAUUUCCUGAACACGAUGGUGAUCAGUGUUGGACUGUUACUACUUGCUGUCACGUGUGGUCUGUUUUACCAGGCCUGCUGUUAUAGGUUAUGCUGUAAAAGAGCUAGGAAAGGAACCUGCAGAUGUAGAAUCAUGAAGCAGGACAUCGCUGAAUCAUUGGAAGCAUUUCAUCGUAAUUUUUCUCAAACAUAUCAUCGGCUGCGUGAAAGACAAAUACAACAACUACAACAGACAAAGGAAAGCAGGCGGGCAAUUUCCAAGGAAACGAGCACAUCAUAUGACAGCGACGAGGUUCUUGCAAUAAUGUAUUAAU